CAGAACUGCGUAGCGAACUGUUGGAAACUAGGCGGCUGACGGACUGACUGAGAGAUUCCUGGUGUCGGUCGCUCCCGUCGCUGCAGCGCCUUUCCCUCAGUUUUAUGAAAAAGGACAAGAGGUCGUGUCGUCCCACAGAGGUUUGUGGUGCUCCUCUUAAGAGUUUCCUGCUGUUACAUGGUUACUCAGAGCUGAAGACAAGAGGGUGUUGAAGAUGGCAGUGUGGAUCCAGGCCCAGCAGCUCCAGGGCGAUGCUCUGCACCAGAUGCAGUCUCUCUACGGCCAGCACUUCCCCAUUGAGGUGCGACAUUACCUGUCCCAGUGGAUAGAGGGCCAGCUCUGGGAUGCCAUAGACCUGGAGAACCCGCAGGAGGAGUUCAAGGCCAAGCGUCUGCUGGACAGUCUGAUCCAGGAGCUGCAGAACAAGGCCGAGCACCAAGUGGGAGAAGAUGGCUUUCUACUCAAAAUAAAACUAGGACACUACGCCAACCAGCUCAAGAGCACGUAUGACCGCUGUCCUCUUGAGCUGGUCCGAUGCAUCAAACACAUCCUCUACACAGAGCAGAGGCUCGUCAGAGAGGCCACUAAUUCGAGCUCCCCAGUGGGUGGAAUGAUGGACAGCAUGUCUCAGAAAUACCAGCAGAUCAAUCAGGCUUUUGAGGAGCUUCGCCUCCUGACCCAGGACACUGAGAACGAUCUGCGCAAGCUCCAGCACAACCAGGAGUAUUUCAUCAUUCAGUACCAGGAGAGCCUCCGCAUCCAGGCCCAGCUGACCAGCCUGGCCACGCUGCCCCCUGCUGACCGACAGCUAAGAGAACCCGCCCUUCUCAGCAAAAGAGCCACUGUGGAGGCGUGGCUGACCAGAGAGGCCAACACACUACAGAAAUACAGACUGGACCUGGCAGAGAAGCACCAGAAAACACUGCAGCUGUUGAGGAAGCAGCAGACCGUCAUUCUGGACGACGAGCUGAUCCAGUGGAAGAGACGGCAACAGCUGGCGGGCAACGGGGGCCCGCCCGAGGGAGGCCUGGACAUCCUGCAGUCCUGGUGUGAGAAGCUGGCAGAGACUAUCUGGCAGAACAGGCAGCAGAUCCGGAGGGCAGAGCACCUCAGACAACAGCUGCCCAUCCCCGGUCCCAUCGAAGAGCUACUCAAUGAACUCAACAGCACCAUCACAGACAUCAUCUCAGCAUUGGUCACCAGCACCUUCAUAAUUGAGAAGCAGCCUCCACAGGUGCUGAAAACCCAGACCAAGUUCGCCGCCACAGUGCGCCUCCUAGUGGGGGGGAAGCUGAAUGUGCACAUGAACCCUCCCCAGGUCAAAGCCACCAUUAUCAGCGAGCAGCAAGCCAAGGCCCUGCUGAAGAAUGAGAACACGAGGAAUGACAGCAGCGGGGAAAUUCUCAACAAUAACUGUGUAAUGGAGUACCACCAGACGACGGGCACUCUCAGCGCCCACUUCAGAAACAUGUCCUUGAAGAGGAUCAAGCGGUCGGACAGGCGAGGCGCAGAGUCCGUCACAGAAGAGAAGUUCACCAUCCUGUUCGAGUCCCAGUUUAGUGUUGGAGGCAAUGAGCUUGUGUUUCAAGUUAAGACGUUAUCGCUCCCGGUAGUGGUGAUAGUUCACGGCAGCCAAGACAACAAUGCCACGGCCACUGUGCUGUGGGACAAUGCUUUUGCAGAGCCGGGACGGGUGCCCUUCCUGGUUCCCGACAAGGUGCUUUGGCCUCAGCUGUACGAGGCCCUCAACAUGAAGUACAAGGCCGAGGUGCAGAGCAACCGAGGCCUAUCUGAGGAGAACCUGGUCUUCCUGGCUCAAAAGGCCUUCAGCAGCUCCAGCAACAACCCUGACGAUUACCGCAACAUGACCAUGACCUGGUCUCAGUUCAACAGGGAAAGCCUGCCAGGGAGGAACUUCACAUUUUGGCAGUGGUUUGAUGGUGUGAUGGAACUGACAAAAAAGCAUCUCAAACCACACUGGAAUGAUGGGGCCAUCUUGGGCUUUGUGAAUAAGCAGCAGGCUCAGGACAUGCUCAUGUCCAAACCCAACGGCACCUUCCUGCUGCGCUUCAGUGACUCGGAGAUCGGAGGGAUCACCAUUGCCUGGGUGGCGGAGAAUCCCAACAAAGCAGGAGAGAGAAUGGUGUGGAACCUCAUGCCCUACACAACCAAAGACUUCUCCAUUCGCUCUCUGGCUGACCGUAUCAGCGAUCUCAAUCACCUCUUGUACCUUUACCCCGACAGACCCAAGGAUGAGGUCUUCUCCAAAUACUACACCCCGCCUCUCUCUAAAGCAGUGGAUGGCUAUGUCAAACCACAGAUCAAACAAGUGGUGCCGGAGUUCGCUACACCCAAUCCUGACCCGGGCAGCGGAAACCCCACCUACAUGGAUCACGGCGCCUCCCCUGCACCUGUCAAUCAGCCUCACACCUACAGCAUAUACCCAUCUAUGAGUGACUCCAUGUUGGACGCAGAUGGGGAGUUUGACCUGGACGACACCAUGGACGUGGCGAGGCAUGUGGAGGAGCUGCUGCGGCGGCCCGUAGAGAGCCAGUGGGGCGGCCAGCAGUCCUGACCCUUGACCUUUUGAACCCCUGACAACACCAAAUGAACCCCGCCUCCCAACAUCGCCCCCCUUCGCCCACCACCCACUGACAUUUCUCAUGGUUUAAUUCCUUAAUUCCAUCCAUUUCUCAUGAUUUUUUUUUUUUUUUUUUCAGAUAGCUAUAAUGUGAAAUGUUAAUAAUAGUUGUGAUCGUUUUGUUUUCCUUUCAGCAUGAACGCAUGCAUGUCGGUGACUUCUUAGUUUUAUUUGUGUCCAUUAGUGUUUGUAAAACAGACUAGUUAUAAUGCAAAACCUACCACGUUACAGUAUUGUGAAAAAAGAAUGAAAAAAAGAUCCUCAUUCUCAUUGUGCAUGCAUUUUCAGUUGAUUUUGAACAGAAUUUUAAGAGAAAUGCUACUGUAUGAAGUCAUUUUAACAGUUGUACUAUUUUUAUUUUGUUAUAUUUUCUUCUUUGUAAAUGGUUUAUCAAUAUUUUGAUAUUGACAAUGAACCUGCCCUUUGACAAAAAAAAAAAGAG